UUACAGUUGGUUAGUCUGUUGCUAAUCGGAAUUGCUGCUUGGGGCAUCGGUUUUGGGCUGAUUUCCAGUCUCCGAGUGGUUGGCGUGGUCAUUGCUGUGGGCAUCUUCCUGUUCCUGAUUGCACUGGUGGGGCUGAUCGGAGCUGUAAAGCACCAUCAGGUGUUGCUAUUUUUUUAUAUGAUUAUCCUCUUACUUGUAUUUAUCGUUCAGUUUUCUGUGUCUUGUGCUUGUUUAGCUCUGAAUCAGGAGCAACAGCGUCAGCUUCUGGAGGUUGGUUGGAACAAUACUGCAAGUGCUCGAAAUGACAUCCAGAGAAAUUUAGACUGCUGUGGAUUCCGAAGUUUUAGCCCAAAUGACACCUGUCUGGCUAGCUGUGUUAAAGAUGGCCAUCUCUGCCCACCGUGUGCUCCGAUAAUAGGAAGAUAUGCUGGGGAGGUUUUGAGAUUUGUUGGCGGCAUUGGCCUCUUCUUCAGCUUCACAGAGAUCCUGGGUGUUUGGCUGACCUACAGGUACAGGAACCAGAAAGAUCCUCGUGCUAACCCUAGUGCAUUCCUUUGAUGAAGAAACCAAGAAAAUCUUUCAUAUUCUGAUUUUUGUCCAUUUUAUCUUAUUUUAAGUUAGGCUAAUUUGCCCAUUUAACCAAGGAGAGAAUAUCUGAAAAAUUACAUUAUCGACAGUGGAAUUAUAUAUUUUUACUCUCUAAAUGUUUUUCUUUUUUUAAUUGUUGAACAAAAUAAUGGAAACUCAUGGUCUUUUGAUCCUCAGUGGCACCUGUAACCUACUGUAUUCACAGUGUUCAGCACUGUCCACUGUGGCCUUCAUUAGUGUUUUUUUUGUUUGUUUGUUUUCCUGCAGAAGUCCUUUGUAUGGCACUACUGUGUUGCUCAUAUUGUGAAAGUAAAUAUGCAUUUCACUGGAAUCAUUGUAUGUACUGUGUAGAUAGCUCCCACUGGAAAGAGUUGAUGUUACUAAGGCCAGAAAGUAAGAGAGUCUGUAAUGUGUUAAGUUCAGUAAGGGAAAUCCAAAUUCCCAGUAUUCUUCGUCUUUUAGGAAAGAUAUGUUGUAGUGAAAAGUGUUAAUAUAAAAGUGACAAUUUAGUUCAAGUAGCCUUUCAUGAUUACACCAGUGUAUUGUAGAGAUAGCUAUGUCUUUAGGAGGUUGUGGUUUUGCUUUUGACUCCCACAGGUAUGUGCAAAGGAGAAGCAGUCUCAUGAGAAGUUCUGAUGUAUAACAUUCACCUUCCGUUUUCAAAAUGCAGUGACUAUUUCAGAAACUAUAUCUAUAUAAUCUUGAUACUCUUUUUUAAUGAUUUGAAUUCCAAAACACUGCAUUUUAAAACAAUUUACUAUUAAUGCGCUGGCCCACAUAGCAAAAAGGUAUUUGAUUAUCUUAAAAAUUGUGAAGUAACUUUUCAUGAAAUUUCUCAGUGUUGUAACAACUUGUCAAAUUCAAGCAUAUUUGAAUGUGAUAUCGCCCAUAAUUUGAAAUUGAAAUAGUAUUGUGGUUCUGUAUAUUGAGUUAAAAAUUAAAAGAUGGAAACCUUU